AUGCAUUAUACCCCCACAGCUUCUAAUGCGUGGAAAGGUAUAUGCAAGGCCAAAAACAUUAUUAAAGAAGGAUUACGCAAGAGGGUGAGAAAUGGUCGCAAUACAUCCUUUUGGACCGAACCUUGGAUUACAGGAGAAAAUCUUGCUUGGUACGCCAAUGUGGAGGUGCCGGAGGAAGAACAUGAUGCCACGGAUGAGUUAUUCUGGGAACCUGAGGCGAACGGAAACUUUUCUGUUACCUCAGCUUAUGGUUUAAUCCAAGGUGACAUUGAGUCUCAUAAUGACAAAGGGUGGGAAAGGCUUUGGCAGGUCAAUGUUCCUAACAAGAUUUGUAAAGGUGCUUUCAGUAGUGUUGAAAAUGGUCCGAUCCUUUUUGCCAUUACUCUUUUGGUGGAUUUGGAGGUUGCAGAAUCUGUUAGAGCCUUUGAGAAGAUUUCACAACCGGCUAGCAAUACUCAUAAUAAGGUCCAACGCCUCAUUCGUUGGACUAAACCCCCAGAUGGUUGGACGAAGAUGAACAUUGAUGGAAGCCGAGAUACACUCACAGGCCAUGCAAGUUGUGGAGGACUCCUCAGGGAUGUUAUCGGCAACUGGCUGCUUGGUUUUAAAGCAAAAGUUGGCCACUGUUCCAUUGAAGAAGCGGAAGCUUGGAGUAUUCUUAAGGGGCUUAAAACUAUUUGGAAUCAUGGCUACCGCAAAGUUAUCAUUGAAUCAGAUGCCAAACACGUUGUGGAUUGA